AUGGCAACCUUGGCUGGGAUAGAGAACCAGCCACCCGACGCCCUCGCAUGGCGAGAAAACCUCAACACACACUUGAUCUGUCCAGAUUGCAAACAAGUCCCACCAGACUUGAUCGAGGAGAAUGCGGAUACGAUCUGUGCAAACUGUGGGAUGGUGCUAGCCGAGCGAUUGAUUAGCUACGAGUCGGAAUGGCGGACUUUCAACUCGGAUGAGGGCAAGGGCGAUGAUCCAAAUCGUGUGGGAGAAGCCGACAACGAGCUGUUCUUGACCAACAACGCAGGCACGUUGAUUGGAGGCGGGGGACCCAACGUGUCACGAGAAACCCGCAAGUUGAAAAAGGCGCAAGCCAUGCAAGCUGAGAACAAAGCCGACAAGGCACUCCAAAGCGCAUACGCUCAGAUCGACAAUUGGGGAGAAAAGGCCAAGCUCACCAACUCGAUCAAGACUGCGUCCAAGAUGUACUACAAGCGAGUGUAUGAAGCCAACACCAUGAGGGGCAAGCCAAUCGACGUGAUUCUGGCUGGAUGUCUGUUCAUUGCCUGUCGGCAAAUGAAACUGCCUCGAAGUUUCAACGAGAUCUUUGCAUUGACGGGUGUUCCCAAAAAGGACAUUGGCCGUACAUACAAGACCUUGGAGAAAUUCUUGACUUCGUCAUCUCAAGCCAACAUCGAAGCCGUUGAGGGCAGUGGAGGAAUCGCCAAUCGUGACCUUCUCGAGUACCGUGGCACACAGUCGACCAAGCCAGAAGACCUAUGUGGCCGAUAUUGCAACAUGGUUGGCCUGAACUUCCGUGUGCAGACCAUCGCAGAAGGAUUGGCCAAGAAGAUUCCCACGAUCGAGGGACUGGCUGGACGAAGCCCGUUAUCUAAUGCUGCUGCGUGCACGUUCUUCGCCAGUCACUUGAUUGGUUUUGGCAAGCCCAGCAAACAGAUCAGCGACGUAGCGGGUGUGUCCGAUGCGACCAUCAAACAUGCUUACAAGUUUUUGUUGCAAGAAAAAGAACGCUUGGUCGACCCAAGCUGGCUGGGCGAUCAGCCUCCACCCCAUGGCGGAUAUGGAGAUUUGGCGAACCUGCCUGGUGCGUGA